UAUGUGGCCUAAAGACUUCUUAUUUUCACACAUCAAUGGCGAUCUCUAUCACCGUUUCAUCUCUCUGGUUUCCGAGCAAUCACAACAUGAAUGCUCCGCUUGUUGUACCUGUGACCCUCUCUUGCACUUUCCUCCUACCCCUACUGUUAUGGUGGCGGCUUUUCAUUGCCCGCUCGAAAAGGACAACUCGAAGGCCCGGAAACCUCCCUCCCGGUCCUUGGAAGUUGCCCCUCAUCGGGAACUUGCACCAGCUCGGGCCCUUACCCCACCACUCGCUGGCUCGCCUGUCCCGGAAGUAUGGACCGAUCAUGUUCCUGCAGUUCGGGUCGAUACCCACUCUUGUGAUCUCUUCGGAUGAGAUGGCCCAGGAGGUUUUCAAGACUCAUGAUCGCGCUUUCUCGGGCAGGCCCGCCUUUUUUGCUGCAAGGAAGCUCACUUACAACUGUUCUGAUGUCAGCUUUGGUCCCUAUGGAGAUACAUGGAAAGCCCUCAGGAAGAUAGUAGUCCUGGAACUUUUAAGCACGAAGAGGGUCCAAUCAUUUCAGUCGGUUAGGGACGAAGAGAUUGCCCUCAUGCUCGACACCAUCCAUCAUAGCUCAUCUGCAGGUCCCAUCAAUCUGAGUGAGGUGACCAUGGUCUUAAGCAAUAAUGUUGUGUGUCGGGCCACAUUUGGUAAGAGAUUUUACACAGAAGGAGAUGGCAGAACUAGCAAGUUCUACGAGACGACUCGUGAGAUACAAAAUGUGUUAGGAGGUUUCUGUGUCGCGGACUUGUUUCCAAGACUGGACUGGUUUAACAAGCUCAACGGGCUCAAGGGAAAGAUCGAGAAGAAUUUCAGGCAGCUAGAUUUAUUGUACGAUGAAGUGAUCGAGGAACACAAGGACCCCAGAAGACCGAAGCCCGAGCACGAAGAUCUCGUCGAUGUAUUGCUCCGUUUGCAGAAGGACCCAAAUCAAGAAAUCCGCCUCACUGAUGACAACAUAAAGGGUACCCUCACUGAUAUGUUCAAUGCAGGAACUGAUACUUCAUCUGCAACUCUAGUAUGGACAAUGGCUGAACUGAUCAAGAACCCGUCGGUAUUGAAGAAGGUAACGGAAGAGGUCCGAGAAGCUGUGAAGGGAAAACCCAAGGUAGAGGAGACCGAUCUUCCGAGCCUCACGUACUUAAGAUCAGUCAUAAAAGAGGGACUAAGGCUUCAUCCACCUGUCCCGCUCCUAGUUCCAAGAGAAACCAUAGAGAGUUGCAAAAUUAUGGGGUACGAGAUUCCUGCCAAAACAACUGUGUUUGUUAAUGCGUUAGCUAUAGCCACGGACCCAAAGAUUUGGGAAUCCCCCAUGGAGUUCCGGCCUGAGAGGUUUCUGAACAGCUCGGUUGAUUUCCGAGGGACAGACUUUCAGUUCUUGCCCUUCGGAGCAGGACGAAGAGGUUGUCCCGGGAUUAGUUUUGGGGUUGUGCUGAUCGAGUUGGCUCUUGCAAAUCUCCUGAGCCAAUUUGAGUGGAGUCUCCCAGAAGGGAUCGAUCUUGAUAUGGAAGAAGUCUCUGGUCUCACAACACAUAAAAAAACUCCCCUCUGCCUGAUUGCAACCCCUCACUGCUAACUAAUUCAUUCUCUUUGGAAAUGUUUCCUGAUGAAGACCUUUUUCCCGGACUGGUCCUUGCUGAAAAAAAAUCACUUUCCCUUUUGCCACCCACCCUCGCCCGCCCGCCACCGGACCCCCCCUCC